UCCCCAACACUUCGUGGGGUUGUGCCAACAGGAACUAGCUCCGAAAUGGCCAAUUUCGGUACCCUUUUGGACGAGUGGCGAGUUGCUGUAAAUUCCGAGGCUAAAAAUUCAAGCAAUCCAGAGUUACUCCUGGUCAUGGCCGGCAAUCGUCUGCCAGCUUUGGGUUCAGUGAUUUACCCAAUUGAUUCCAUGAGGAGGAACUUGGAUUGGGUACAUGUAAAAGCGUACGAUUACUAUUUGCCUGGAAGGGACAGAGUCACAUACUUUCAUGCAGCUUUGUUUGGCCCUUCGAACAUGGCUAACACGGAUAACGGCAUAAAUGAGUGGAAGAGAAGAGGUUUUUUGCCAAGCAAGUUGGUCUUGGGGUUGCCUUUCCACGGCUAUGCGUGGACACUUUUGAGCCCGCAAAAGAAUCCAAUUGGUGCAGCCUCUGCGGGUCCGGCUGUCACCAUCGACGGUUCCAUGGGCUACAAGUUCUUCAAAUCGUUCCUUAGAAGCUUUGGUCAUGAAGCAGCUUCCGUGUACAAUGCUACUUCAGUGGUGAAUUACUGCACGGUUGGGUUAACUUGGAUUAAUUACGACGAUGUGGAGGCUAUUAGAGCUAAAGUUUCUUAUGCAAAGCAAAAGGGUCUGCUUGGUUACAACGUGUUUCAAGUCGGCAAUGACGACAAUUGGGUGCUUUCUAGAGCAGCAGCUCAAGUGGAAGAUGAAGAUCAACAGAAUAAGAGAACGUCAUUGUUUAUAAUUAUCACUGCAGCUUUUGCGGCUGUGAUAUUAAUGAGCACUAUUGCGUGUUACUUACAGGGGAGAGGUUCUAUGGAUAGUGCGAAAAGAUUCUUGCAUAAAGUAAAAAAUAAUCUAUCAGCUGCUGAAGAUUUUAACAGCAAAGCUUCUAAUCUGCAAGUAUUCAGCUAUAGUUCCAUUAGAGCAGCUACAAAUGACUUUUCAAGUGAGAAUAAGCUUGGAGAAGGUGGAUAUGGUCCUGUUUACAAGGGUAACUUACAGAAGGGACGAGAGAUAGCAGCAAAGAGACUUUCAAGAACUUCAAACCAAGGCCUUGAAGAGUUCAAAAAUGAGGUCAUGCUUACCACAAGACUUCAGCAUGUAAACCUAGUUAGAGUUUUGGGAUAUUGCACCGAGAGGGACGAAAAGAUUUUGAUUUAUGAAUACAUGCCAAACCAAAGCUUGGAUCUAUAUCUCUUCGAUCCAACUAGAAGGUUUCUUUUAGAUUGGAGAAAACGUGUUCACAUCAUUGAAGGUGUUACUCAGGGGCUUCUAUACCUCCAGGAAUUCUCAAAUUUUACUAUAAUCCACCGAGAUCUAAAGGCUAGUAACAUAUUACUUGACAAUGACAUGAACCCUAAGAUAUCAGAUUUUGGGAUCGCUAGAAUUUUCAAGAAGGAUGAACAUGAAGCAAACACAAGUCGGAUUGUUGGAACAUAUGGCUGUGUACCUCCCGAAUAUGUGAGAAAAGGUACAUACUCGACGAAAUACGAUGUGUAUAGUUUUGGAGUGCUACUUUUGCAAAUCAUAAGCAGCAAGAGGAAUACGUGUUAUUAUGGGACACAUGGAAAUUUGAACCUCUUAGAAUAUGCAUAUCAGCUGUGGAAAGAGGGAGAAGCGUUCGAGUUUGUUGAUCCAUCACUGGAUGAUUCAUCUUCUUCUUGCAAACUCCUAAAAUGCAUGCAAGUAGCUCUUUUAUGCGUCCAGGAAAAGCCUGUUGAUAGACCUACCAUGUUAGAGGUUUCUUCAAUGCUCAAGAAUGAAGCUGGAACCAUCGAUAGUCCUAAAAAGCCUGCUUUUUCAAUUCAAAGAGAUGAAAAUGAGGAAGGAAAUUGUCUUUUGCAGGAGAACUUGUGGUCGGUCAAUGAAGUGACAAUUUCCCAUAUGGAACCCCGAUGAAAAGAAAUGUAUUGUUUUGAUUUCACGACUUUUUGUUUGCUGAAAAUAAAAAAUCCUGUAAUUUUAGAGUCGUCUCUACGCGUACAAAACAACAAAGGCACUGCUCUUUCGGUCAACAUUUCAAA